AUGUUCCCUCGUUAUUCUCCGUCCAUGAAUUGGCCCUCGGUCCGCCCGAAAAGGUGCCGAUUCUCAGUCAACCCUUCGUUAUAUUGGACGUUUCUCGCAUUUACUGUCUUUGCUACAGUGAGUUGGGCUUUCGGAGUGUGGAGGGGAGAUGAGUAUGUUGCGCAGGAUGCGACCAAUGCCCUUCUCUUCAGGCGGAACACUGAACCAGAGUGCCGGCUGGUCCGUAAAGUCAAGGACAAAUGCGCCUUUGUCCGUACUAACUGUCCGGACCAUGAAGAUGGUCUAUUCUCCUACCUCCAAUUCUACUAUUGCACUCUCGCAGACGCCAAACCGCUAGCAUUCAUUCUCCUCAUUCUGUGGAUGUGCUUGCUCUUCAAUACUAUCGGAAUAGCCGCCAGCGACUUUCUCUGCAUCGACUUGAGCACAUUGGCCAGUAUCCUGGGGUUGAGUGAGAGUUUGACGGGAGUCACAUUCCUUGCUUUCGGAAAUGGAAGUCCCGACGUGUUCUCCACAUUUGCUGCGAUGAAGUCGAAUAGCGGAAGCCUCGCCAUUGGUGAACUGAUCGGAGCUGCGACCUUCAUUACAUCAGUGGUGGCUGGUUCCAUGGCGUUGGUCCGGCCGUUCAAAGUCGCCCGAAGGAGCUUCGUCCGUGACGUUGGAUAUUUUAUCAUUGCUGUGAGUUUCAGCAUGGUGUUUCUAGCAGAUGGGCGCCUGCAUAUCUGGGAAUCCACCGUGAUGGUGGCUCUAUAUUGUUUCUAUGUGGCGAUGGUGGUCAGUUGGCAUUGGUAUUUCGUGCGCCAGCGUCGAAGAUACGAAAGGGAUGUUGCGGCACGGUCCCAUUUCCACAUCCCGGACAACCAGGAGCUAGACAUCGACGAACCUGCAGAGGAUGAUGAUCCUGGUGUAGGGUCGGAAUCAAGAAAUCUGCUUCGAGCUGGAUCGACAGAGGACUUCGACGCGUUGGAACGGUCUGACCGACCCGCCUGGACAGAAGAAGACAGAGACGAGGAUGAUGAAACCCGUAAUCGCUAUCUGGCUGAGAUACGGGAGAACAUGCAUAUAUAUCGUCCCAAUUCGCGGAGGCGAAACACUGCUGCAUUAAACCCCAUUAGACCCAGCUUGGUUGGCGCACUCGAGUUCCAAUCCGUUCUCUCUUCGCUACAAAAUUCUAGAAACGCUCAUCAAACUUUUGGAAUUGACCUGGACAGGUACUCGGAUCAUCCUGAAGCACGACCUUCCCAGGACUUUGAUAAUCGCUCCGUUGCAUCGCACUCGCAAGUAUACCGAACCCCUAGCCAGCUCUCUCCGCACGAGGGCUCCGCUCGAACUAGAGCUGUAUCUGCUAAUGAUGCUGCUGGAUUGAAAAUUGACACCGGUGUGUUUGACCAAAACACAAACUCGCCAGUCCAUGUCACUGUCAGUCGGCCUUCCGGGGAAGGUCUCCACACGGCUGAAAACCGCCCGGUCAGUCGAGAUGCACUAUCGCCAUCGGACGCUGGUGAUUAUUUCUCACGAAGUCCAUCCCCAGGGGUUGCAGAUGCACCUCGAACCCCAGAUCUGCUCGCGCCAUCAGAUGCCUUCCGGUCUCCCAAUUACCAGACCAAUGCGUCCCGUCCACGUUCGCCGCUUCAUUCUCCGCGCGGGACACAUGUUUCCCCGGACACUUCUCCUGCUGAACCUGCAACCGAAAGUCCACUUAGCCCAUUCCCUCCAUUCACUGAUCACCCAGAAUCCUUAUCGUCUAGAGCAUCCAGCAUUCGUCCGCGAGGCGGUUCAAGCCCCACGGAGCGGCUACAGAUCCGUGAUGGUGUUUCCGAAAAUGGAGACAACCGUCCGCCGGCGCGAAUCAAGUGGUGGCCUUAUUGGAUGUUACCAGGGCCACAAUCUCUCUUCUCGACGCUUUUCCCAACACUGUGUGACUGGAAAGUCAAAAGUAUCUGGGAACGGUUACUGGGGGUUGUUGCAGCCCCAACUGUGUUGUUUCUGACGGUGACUAUCCCUGUCAUUGAACCAGCACCAUCCGACACAAUUACGGAUCCCAUCCCCGUCGUGAUAACUACAGCAGAUGAUGGUAAUGACUUGACCACAACCCGAGUGAGGCUCCCAGAUGAUAGUCCAAUUAUCCGCGCCCUUGAGCACCAGUCUUCUGAGGAGCAGGAACGAGGAACAGGCGACGAUGGCAAGUCUCAGCGUCAACCCUCGCAGGGAAGAGAGCGCUUUAAUUCCGAGGUACCAGCCGUCCAACAACUACCCGAGGACGCAGCCACGUCGGUCCCGAAAGAGUGGAACCAAUGGCUGGUCUCUAUUCAGCUUUUCGUUGGCCCAUUUUUCAUUGCCCUAAUCACCUGGACGGUCAUAGACUCGGAAUGCAGACCUCGCUAUCUCCUACUACCAGCUCUCAUCGCUCUUCUCUUCUCCGUGUUAUGCUUCACUUUACUCCGGAUAAGCACCCGGCUCAGUCAUAACUCGCAACCACCCAAACCAUGGCGCUCAUUUUUAGCCCUCCUUGGCUUUUUAGUCGCCAUCUGCUGGAUCGCCACCAUCGCAGAAGAAGUCGUCAACCUCCUCAAAGCCAUAGGCGUCAUCAUGAAUAUCAGCGACUCACUCCUGGGCCUCACUGUCUUCGCAGUCGGGAACUCGCUGGGCGACCUCGUUGCAGACAUCACCGUCGCUCGUCUCGGAUACCCCGUCAUGGCGCUGAGCGCCUGCUUCGGCGGACCUAUGAUGAACAUCCUCCUUGGAAUUGGUCUGGGUGGUAUGUACAUGACCGUGAACGCGAAGCCGAAUGCUGUAGCUGCUGCUACGGGGUUGUACGAGAUUGCCAUCUCCAAGGUUUUGGUCAUCAGUGCAAUAACUCUGUUGAUUAUACUAGCUGGAGUGUUAAUUGUCGUUCCGUUGAAUGGGUGGCGGAUGGAUCGGAAGAUUGGCUGGGGACUGGUUGUGUUGUGGUGUGUUAGUACCCUUGGUAAUGUUAUUGCUGAAGCGGUAUCAUAA